UGUUUUGUUGACUUGGACUUCAAGCUGAAAGCCAACCUUUCGUUUCUCACGCUUCUCCUUGUGCGUCGCUUCCCCUCACCUACUACUCCCCACCACGCCCAUCCUAGUUCUCUCCCCAAUGGCCACCUUAUCUCUUUCCUCUCCUCCUUCCCUCUCCUCCACGCGCCGCGGCAACCGCCACCGCCCCCACCACCGUAGCGCCACCCACCUCAUCCUGCGCACCCCCACCCACGUUCACUCCCACUCUCGCUCGCGCACCACCCCCAUCAAAGCACUCUCCGCUCCCUCCCCUUCCCCUCCGCCGCUGACCCAAGACGGCCUCAAGAAGCUCGCCGCCGAUGAGGCCGUCAGCUACGUCAGCAGCGGCAUGGUCCUCGGCCUCGGCACCGGCUCCACGGCCGCCUUCGUCGUCGCCAAGAUCGGCGAGCUCCUCAAGUCCGGCCAAUUGACCGACAUCGUCGGAAUCCCUACAUCCAAGCGCACCGAGGACCAAGCCCGCUCCCUCGGCAUCCCCCUCUCCGGCCUCGACGACAACCCUCGCCUCGACCUCGCCAUCGACGGUGCGGACGAGGUCGACCCCUAUCUUAAUCUCGUCAAGGGCCGCGGCGGGGCUCUUCUGCGCGAAAAAAUGGUGGAGGCGGCGUCGGAGAAGUUCGUGGUUGUCGCCGACGACAGCAAAUUGGUGCAGGGUCUCGGCGGCAGUGGGCUCGCGAUGCCUGUGGAGGUCGUCCAGUUUUGCUGGAAGUACAAUUUGGUGAAACUGCAGGAAUUGUUCAAGGAAGAAGGGUGCGAGGCCAAGCUGAGAUUGGGCGGAGAUGGGAAGCCUUAUGUCACUGAUAAUUGGAAUUACAUAGUGGAUUUGUAUUUCAAGACUCCGAUUAGGGACGCCGAAGCGGCUGCGAAGGAGAUUUCGGCAUUUGAGGGGGUCGUGGAGCAUGGGUUGUUCCUGAACAUGGCAACGGCGGUGAUUAUUGCCGGAAAAGAUGGAGUGAGUGUGACGAACAAGUUCCGGGCGGGUUAAGGAGUAUUGGGGGGGAGCUUCUCAAUUUACUUCUACAGAACCAUAGCCACGCACAUAAUCAAGAUAGCAAUCCAAUGCAGCUUUCCUGGCAGAAAUGAGGUUCCUAUAAAACAUGAGGCGCAGAGGGUGAGCAUCAAGUUUUACUUGAUAUAAACUGAGUCGUUUGACCAUUGGGUUAAGCUUUGAAUAAAAUUUUCUUUUCCUCAUUGAUUAAGUAAUACUUGCUAUUUGUAACUCCAUUUUUUUUAACAUUGCUUAUGGUUGCGGGUAUACAGAUGGGAAGUCAUUUCAUUUUC